GCGUAAGAUAUUCAAGAUUGGACAGCUGGUGACCUGAUAUUUCUGAUAGCCUUAAGCUGACUUACAGCCAUAGAGAAAUCUCUCCGUUUUUGUUUUCUGCUUUACAUCUUUCGUGGCACCUAAGUUCACCUUGCAACCAUGUAUGGAAGUGCUCGCUCAGUUGGGAAGGUGGAACCAAGCAACCAGAGCCCUGGGCGUUCACCUAGGCUUCCCCGUUCCCCUCGCUUAGGUCAUCGUAGAACCAAUAGUACUGGAGGGAGUUCUGGAGGCAGUGUUGGAGGUGGCAGUGGGAAAACCCUUUCAAUGGAGAAUAUACAAUCCUUAAAUGCUGCCUAUGCUACAUCUGGCCCUAUGUACUUAAGUGACCAUGAAAAUGUGGGUUCAGAAACACCAAAAAGCACCAUGACACUUGGCCGUUCUGGGGGACGUUUGCCUUAUGGUGUUAGGAUGACUGCUAUGGGCAGUAGUCCCAACAUAGCCAGCAGUGGGGUUGCUAGUGACACCAUAGCAUUUGGAGAGCAUCACCUCCCUCCUGUGAGUAUGGCAUCCACUGUACCUCACUCUCUUCGUCAGGCAAGAGAUAAUACAAUCAUGGAUCUGCAGACACAGCUAAAGGAAGUGUUAAGGGAAAAUGAUCUCUUGCGGAAGGAUGUGGAAGUAAAGGAGAGUAAAUUGAGUUCUUCAAUGAAUAGCAUCAAGACCUUCUGGAGCCCAGAGUUGAAGAAAGAGCGAGCCCUUCGAAAAGAUGAAGCUUCCAAAAUCACCAUUUGGAAGGAACAGUAUAGAGUCGUGCAGGAAGAAAACCAGCACAUGCAGAUGACAAUCCAGGCUCUCCAGGAUGAAUUGCGGAUCCAGAGGGACCUGAAUCAGUUGUUUCAGCAAGACAGUAGCAGUAGGACAGGUGAACCUUGUGUAGCAGAGCUGACAGAAGAGAACUUCCAGAGGCUGCAUGCUGAGCAUGAGCGGCAGGCCAAAGAGCUGUUCCUUCUACGAAAGACCCUGGAGGAAAUGGAGCUUCGUAUUGAGACGCAGAAGCAAACCUUAAAUGCUCGGGAUGAGUCCAUUAAGAAGCUUUUGGAGAUGUUGCAGAGCAAAGGUCUGUCUGCCAAGGCUACUGAGGAAGACCAUGAAAGAACAAGACGGCUGGCAGAGGCAGAGAUGCAUGUCCACCACCUAGAAAGCCUUUUGGAACAGAAGGAAAAAGAAAACAAUAUGUUGAGAGAGGAGAUACACCGGAGGUUUGAAAAUGCUCCUGAUUCUGCCAAGACCAAGGCUCUGCAAACUGUUAUUGAGAUGAAGGAUUCAAAAAUUUCCUCUAUGGAGCGUGGGCUCCGGGACCUGGAAGAGGAAAUUCAGAUGCUGAAAUCAAAUGGGGCUUUGAGUACUGAAGAACGGGAGGAAGAAAUGAAGCAAAUGGAGGUGUAUCGCAGCCAUUCUAAAUUUAUGAAAAACAAGGUAGAGCAACUGAAGGAGGAACUAAGUUCGAAAGAGGCUCAAGGGGAGGAGCUGAAAAAGAGAGCAGCUGGUCUUCAGGCUGAGAUUGGCCAGGUGAAACAGGAGCUGUCCAGAAAAGACACAGAACUACUCGCCCUACAGACAAAGCUAGAAACGCUCACAAACCAGUUCUCAGACAGUAAACAACACAUUGAGGUGCUGAAGGAGUCCUUGACUGCUAAGGAACAAAGAGCUGCAAUCCUGCAGACCGAGGUGGAUGCUCUCCGAUUGCGUUUGGAAGAAAAGGAAACCAUGCUGAAUAAAAAGACAAAACAAAUUCAGGACAUGGCUGAAGAGAAAGGGACACAAGCUGGAGAGAUACAUGACCUCAAGGACAUGCUGGAUGUGAAGGAGCGGAAGGUUAAUGUUCUUCAGAAGAAGAUUGAAAAUCUUCAAGAGCAACUUAGAGAUAAGGAAAAGCAGAUGAGCAGCUUGAAAGAACGAGUCAAAUCCUUGCAGGCUGACACCACCAACACUGACACUGCCCUUACGACUUUGGAGGAGGCCCUUGCAGAGAAAGAGCGAACAAUUGAACGCUUAAAGGAACAGCGGGACAGAGAUGAGCGAGAGAAGCAAGAGGAAAUUGAUAACUACAAAAAAGAUCUUAAAGACUUGAAAGAAAAAGUCAGCCUGUUGCAAGGCGACCUCUCAGAGAAAGAGGCUUCACUCUUGGAUCUGAAAGAGCAUGCUUCUUCCCUGGCUUCCUCAGGCCUGAAAAAGGACUCAAGACUCAAGACACUGGAGAUUGCUCUGGAGCAGAAGAAGGAGGAAUGUUUGAAAAUGGAAUCGCAGCUGAAAAAGGCACAUGAAGCAACAUUGGAAGCUAGAGCCAGUCCAGAGAUGAAUGACCGAAUUCAGCAGUUGGAGAGAGAGAUUGCCAGGUACAAAGAUGAAUCUAGCAAGGCCCAGGCAGAAGUAGACCGCCUUUUGGAAAUCUUGAAGGAAGUGGAAAAUGAGAAGAAUGACAAAGAUAAGAAGAUAGCUGAAUUAGAAAGUCUCACCUCAAGGCAAGUGAAAGACCAGAAUAAGAAGGUAGCAAAUCUGAAGCACAAGGAACAGGUGGAGAAAAAGAAGAGUGCACAGAUGUUAGAGGAGGCCCGGCGGAGGGAAGACAAUCUCAACGACAGCUCCCAGCAGCUGCAGGACAGUCUCCGUAAGAAGGAUGACAGGAUUGAAGAGCUGGAAGAAGCACUGAGAGAAAGUGUACAGAUAACUGCAGAGCGGGAAAUGGUGCUGGCACAAGAGGAAUCAGCCAGGACCAAUGCUGAGAAACAGGUGGAGGAGCUAUUGAUGGCCAUGGAGAAAGUAAAGCAGGAACUAGAGUCCAUGAAAGCAAAGCUGUCUUCCACUCAGCAGUCUCUGGCAGAAAAGGAAACUCAUUUGACCAAUCUUCGGGCAGAGAGAAGGAAACACUUAGAGGAAGUUCUAGAGAUGAAGCAAGAAGCUCUUCUGGCUGCCAUUAGUGAGAAAGAUGCCAAUAUAGCUCUUUUAGAACUUUCGUCCUCUAAGAAAAAGACCCAAGAGGAAGUGGCUGCACUUAAACGUGAGAAGGAUCGCCUGGUACAGCAGCUCAAACAGCAGCUCCAGCUUCAUCCUGUAUUGCUGUAUACACAAGUAUCAACCUCUUCUAUGCAACAUCAGCUGGAUGGAAACCAUUAUAAUUAUUAUCAUAGAAAGUGA